UAAUAAAGGGGGACAACACUGUAUUUCUCAACAAGAAAUGCAUUAACAGUUCAUUUUCCUUACCUGCUGCAAUUAAUAAACAAGGGUUGGACGUUGAUGAUGAAAAGAGACACAGUAUUAUUCAGUUGGAUUUUUAUCUACCUCACUCGUUGUGAAAUAUUUACCUACAGAUCAUGUCCAGAUGGCUGGACACUCCUGAACUCAAAAUGUUACACAUUUAAUACAGGAUGGAAUGAAUGGUCCGAUGCCUCCAGGAAAUGCAGUAAUCAGACUGCUCACCUUAUUAUCAUAGAAAGCAUAGAAGAAAUGCUGAGCGUAGGAAGUUAUUUGCAACAUCUUUACUCCACCACUACCUUAUGGUGGACAGGGUUGAAAAGGGAAGGACUAACUGGUGACAACUGGAACUGGCUGGAUGGAUCAGACGUCAAUGAGAGUGUCACGAAAUGGACUGAUUCCAGGGCAGCCUUCGGAGAUUUAGCUGCUGCUCUGAUUUUGACCUAUAGUCCAGUAUUCAUAACCUCAAUGCUCAUGUCUACAAAGGUGCCGUCUGUUUGUGAAUUAAAGAACACUAUACUGUCCGACGUCACCUGCUCAGAAGGCUGGACCAAACUGGACACUCGCUGUUAUCUGUUUGUACCGGUACAAAAGACCUGGCUUAAUGGUCGAAAGUUCUGCAACGAUAUGAACUCUGAGAUUGUCAGCAUCAGUAGCCCAGCUAUAUACGAAACUCUACAAAAACAUUUGGUCCAUACAUAUUCUAAUUUGAAGAGAUGGUGGCUUGGACUAAGCUGGAAUGAAUCACAAACUCCCAGCAAUUGGAAAUGGCUGGAUGGAUCGGAUUUGGAUACCUCAAUAACACCAUGGACUGACCCGUCACAAUCAGCCUGGCUAGGCCAAAUGGCAGGACUGGCUGAAAUGACGUCAAACAAACUGUUUUUGAGAACAGAGUCUAUGACAUCACUAGAACAUUUCAUUUGUCAACGUCCGCUGGAUCAGGAAACUACAACAAUCACAACAGUGGCGGCAACAACAGAAGCGACUACAUCAUCAGGAAAAAUCCCAUUAGACACAAAUAUCAUCUCAGUGACGACAGGUACACGAGAGACAACCACAGCCUUGACAACAACCACUUCAGUGACAACAAGCAAAUCAGAGACGACAAGUACAAGAGUGACAAACACGACAAGCCAAGCAGAGUCAACAACCAAACUAGAGACAAACACAUCAAAUAUAACAACCACACUAGAGACUAACACAUCAAAUAUAACAACCACACCAGAGACUAACACAUCAAAUAUAACAACCACACCAGAGACUAACACAUCAAGUAUAACAACCACACCAGAGACUAACACAUCAAAUAUAACAACCACACCAGAGACUUAUACAUCAAAUAUUACAACCACAAAAGAGACAAAUACAUUAAAGAUAACAACAACACCAGAGACAAACACAUCAAAUAUUACAACCACAAAAGAGACAAACACAUCAAAUAUUACAACCACAAAAGAGACAAACACAUCAAAUAUUACAACCACAAAAGAGACAAAUACAUUAAAGAUAACAACCACACCAGAAACAAACACAUCAAAUAUAACAACCAUACCAGUGACAAACACAUCACAAAUAAUAAUAACCACACCAAAGACACACAUAUCAAAUACAACCACACCAGAGACAAACAUAUCAAAGAUAAAAACCACAUCAGAAACUAAGAUAUCAAAGAUUGCAACCACACCAGAGACUGACAUAUCAAAUAUAACAACCACACCAGUGACAACCACCUAUGUAAUGACAAUCACACCAGAGAUAACAACCACACCAAUGACAACCAAACGUACAAUAACAACCUCACCGACGUCAACAUCCACUAAAAGGUCUUUCAAUAAAACAUUACAAGACCAGGGGUGUACCUUAACUACAACCCUAGCCUCAACAUCCUCAUUUACAAUGUCUACAACAACCACACCAGCAAUAACCAACCAUCGAUUCUCAACCACUCCGACGACAUUUUCACUUGGUAAGAACAUUUUGUGGUUGUGGUAACAAUUUCAACUUGCAACGGUUUGAAAGAUUUUUAUUUCGACAAUUAGAAAAAUCUUUUAAAAUUGCAAAAUGUAUUUAUUUAAAAAGACCGCUAGAGA